GUGGAGAGACACAUGUGCUAAAUUAUUAUCAUUGUUGUUUGUACAGCAUUAAUAAAACUGUCCAAUAAUUUAUAAAUAAUUUUAUAAAGUGAGAAAUAAAUUAUUCAUGUUAUAGAAAUUUUGUUUGUAAAAUAAUUAUAAAUACAAAUAAGAAAUGGAUCAGGAACUGAAAAGCAAAAUUGAUGAAGCUUGCAGGACAGCUGAACAGUUUACGAAAUUAUAUUAUGAAAGUUUGGAUAAAAGAAGAUAUCAUAUCGCAAGAUUGUACCUUGACACAGCUCAAUUGAUAUGGAACGGAAAUGGAAUUGAAGGCAAAGAAGAGAUACAAAAAUUUUGGAUAAGUUUGCCAGUAUCGAAUCAUUCUAUUUCGUCAUUAGAUGCUCAACCUGUGACAAGUCCAGCAGUUGAAGAACAGUUGACAUUUCUAGUUAAAGUUGGAGGACAAGUUAAAUAUAAUGACAAAGCAUCGAAGCCCUUCAAUCAGGUGUUUUUAGUCACUGCCAAAGGUGAUAAGUGGAAAAUAGUCAGUGAUUGUUUCAGAACUCAAGAGUCUUUGGAAACUGUUGCCGGCUCAAAUUCAAAUUAAUUUUUUUUUAUAUAUAAAUUAAUAAAAUACAAUUACGUUUUGAUUCACAUAAAUUUAAUAAUAAAAAAAGUAAACAAAUUUUGUACUGAUAAAUAAAUAAUUAUAAUUUAGUACUCAUACUUAUGAAUUAAUACUUUUACAACCAAACAACACUAAAUUAAAGUGUUAAUUAUCUCGCCCAAUCGUUUGAUUGUUAAUUUAAAUCAAUAAAAUUAUUUAUUUAUUACUUUUUAUUAAUAGUACAAGUUUGAAUUUGGGAAAUCUCGCGCGAAAAAAAAGGCGAGCGCACUGAUUACGCAUGCGUACAAAGUGAAAUUUCUAAAAGAACGAACUCAGUGCUCACAAAAAAACAAUAUUGGAUGUGGCUUCAAUUUAAAAGUUAUAAUAAUUUAUCGUGUGAUUGAACAAUAAAUUUAAAAUGUCUGGGAAAAUUCCGCACCGAGAUGUAGGACCCGCUAUUCAAUUACUCAGACGAAUAAUUCGAGGA